AUGGACGGGCCGGCGGUAUUAUCGAUGCCGCCGAUAACCGCGCCCCAAAAAUCGGCACAAUCGCCGCAGCCGCAGUCGCAUUCGAAAUCCAAUCAGGAGUUGCAGGUGGGCACCGUGUCCCUUUACGGAAUUCACAUCGUGUCAUUGGUGAUCGAGGGCCAGGAGAGGCUCUGCCUGGCCCAGAUCAGCAACACGUUGCUGAAGCAGUUCAGCUACAACGAGAUCCACAACCGAAGGGUAGCGUUGGGCAUCACCUGCGUCCAGUGCACCCCCGUCCAAUUGGAAAUCCUCCGCCGUGCCGGUGCCAUGCCGGUCUCGUCGAGGAGAUGCGGCAUGAUUACCCGAAGGGAAGCCGAGCGCCUCUGCAAAUCGUUCCUCGGCGACAAUGCGCCCCCCAGGCUACCCGAGGACUUCGCCUUCUCGGUGCACCACGAGUGCGCGUGGGGUUGCCGGGGCGCGUUCCUUCCGGCGCGUUACAACAGUUCCCGCGCCAAGUGCAUAAAGUGCGCCUACUGCGGCCUCUUCUUCUCGCCGAACAAGUUCAUAUUCCACUCGCACAGGAUCGGGCCGUCGGACAAGUACGUGCAGCCGGACGCGGCCAACUUCAACUCGUGGCGGCGCCACAUGAAGCUGUCCGGGAAUCCGCCGGACGAGGUGGUGCACGCGUGGGAGGACGUGAAGGCGAUGUUCAACGGGGGGACCAGGAAACGAUUGCUCAACAACCCGAAUUCGAGGGAGUCGCCGAGCCCUGCCAAGCAGCCGAGAUCGUCGCCCACCGCUCAGAUACCCACGCUCGUCCCCUCGCCCACCCAUCCGCGGGUGCCCCCGUUCCCGGAGUUACCUUUACCGCUGUCAAGGAGCCUGGUGAUGGACUACGUGUGGCACCAGCAUCAACAGGCCGCCGCCGUCGCCGCGGCAAAGACGCCCGGAUUCCCCUUCUCCCCCUACGCUUUGCCGUGGCUGGCCAAGAGGGGACCGGUCCUCUUUCCCGGGCCUCUACCACCGCCGAUAAGCGGUUCCAGCCCCACGGAACCGCUCAUACCAACGGUGAACCCGUCGUUGCAUCAAUCCGCCUUUCGCCCCGUGAUUCGUGGGCCGCCGAUCGUCGAACCUGUCGCCCAGGACCACCCCUCGGAACGCACCCCCGCGUCCCACAAGGAGGACAACUCUGACGACGAGGUGGACAUCGAGACGACCGAGGACGAUUCGGUGACGCCCCUCAACAUCGCCCCGCAGAACCUUCACCAUUCCGUCUCGAAUUCCGCAACUUCCGGCGGAAGUCACAGCGGCCGCAACUCGCCCCAGUGCUGGAGCCCCCCGAGAGAAACCGAACGAGAGGCUGAAAAGAUAGCGGAGGAGGCGGCAGCUAUGCGCGACGUUAAAUCGGAACUUCAACCCGCAAGAAGUCCCGACACCUGGCAGGGAAACAACUUUUAUCGACAUCUGAAUGCAAUAAAAAGCGCGGAGCAGGCCGAGAGGACGGGCACGACGGAUUGUUCCGCCUGCCAUCCUCCGCGAGGAAUAUUUUACAGCCAGAUUCAUAGCCCGUCUGCGCCCACUAAUUAA